AAGAGCGACUUUUCUCUUCUGGUCGGACAUGGCGGCGCCCUUGUCAGCUCGGUGAAGACUAGAAGCAGAGGUGAAGCCGCGUCUCAGUGCAGAAAGCAGACGGUGAGAGGGGUGAAGCCGAGUCUCCGUCCAGAGGUCCGGCUGUGCGGGAGCAGAGCGGCAGCGGCAGCCCGGCGGAGCCCCGGAGGAGCCCCGGAGGAGCCCCGGCGGAAUGACGGCGAUCCAGGAGAAGGUCAGCAGGCUGCUGAGCCGAAGCAACGGGAAGCCCGUACUGAAACCCAACCGGCCCCUGGUUCUGAAAGAUGAAGUGGCCAACCGCAAGCCCAAGAAAGGAGAGGCCACCUGCGUCACUGAGAUGUCCCUCCUGAUGGCCUGCUGGAAGCAGAACAACUUCGUGGAUACGCUGUGCUCCAGCGAAGUGCAGAGCUUCUACAGCUGUGUGGCCGAGGCUCAGAAAGCCCAGAAGAACAGGAAGGAGCAGAGCAGCAUGCAGGGAGGACGUCUGCCUCCCAAGCUGGCCAACACUCUGCUGAAGAGGUAUCCCAACCCGCGCACGGAGAUCUGAACGCCUCCCGGCGGCUCGCCGGGUUUCCCAGCCGGCCUCGUCGUUGGUAUUCGCCUCGCGGGCUUCAGGUCCUCCGAUGUCUCCUCCUCUCGGUCCAAUCUGUCUGAGUGCCCGGCUCGGCGGACGUGACGGACUCCUUCCUCUUGGCCGGGGUUCAGCGUUGGCGCUGAGCUCCGGGACGCCUCGCCGCCGGGGAGGCCGCGAUCGGUGCCUCAGACGUUGAGGUCCAGUCAGCCUAUCAGACGGCAGCUCUUCAUUUAAGCAGUGUUCUCAGUCUUUUGUCCUCUUUGUUUAGCCAGUUGUGGGUUUGUGGUGAUUUCUGUUGCUUCUGAUGUUUAACUGGUAUGAAGGACAGAAAACUGUGCUGUAAAGAAACUCCAGAAAGAUCUUUGAAAGCAAUAAAACUGUUCUGUGUUCCA